AUGUCAAAUGGGAAUGAAGAAAAGUUUGAUUCAAUGCUUCUGGCAUUGGCUCAGCAGCACGAGAAAGGAGUAGAACAACUUUUGGAUACAUUUUUCAGUUUUUUGGGUCGUAAAACUGAUUUCUUUAUUGGAAGUCCUGAUGAAAAAGCAUCCGAACAAAUGUUAAUGUCAGUAUUUAAUAGACAUCGUGAUAUUGCUCUGAAUGAAAAACGUGCAAUAGACGAAAAACGUAAGCUGGAAGCAUUAAAAAGAUUACAAAAGUCACAAAAGGAGAAAGAAUUAGAGACUAAGCCGAAACUAAAAGAAUUAACCGAUGAAGAAGCUGAGCAACUCCAAAAAGAGAUAGAUUUGAAAAAAAACUUAAAAGCUGAAGAUUCGAAAAAUUCUACCGAAACAAAUGAGUUAUCACAACCAAUUGAAGAAGAUGAAGAUGAUCCAAAAGAAAAAGGCAAAUUGAAACCAAAUGCAGGCAAUGGUUGUGAUUUACCUAAUUAUAGAUGGACUCAAACAUUAUCUGAUAUUGAACUUAAAAUUCCAUCUAAAGCUGCAUUCAAAUUGAGACCACGUGAUGUUAUUGUGAAUUUGAAAAAGAAACACAUUUUCGUUGGUAUAAAGGGACAGCCACCGAUAUUGGACGAUGAAUUACAGCAUGAAAUUAAACUUGAAGAAACCACGUGGCUACUUGAAGACGGAAAAACAUUCCUUAUUAAUAUUGAAAAGGUGAAUAAAAUGGAAUGGUGGUCGAGACUGGUGCUUUCAGAUACCGAUAUAUCUACCAAAAAGAUCAACCCAGAACCUUCUAAACUUUCCGACCUAGAGGGCGAAACCAGGUCCAUGGUGGAGAAAAUGAUGUACGACCAGCAACAAAAGAAUAUGGGAUUACCUACGUCAGACGAGCAGAAAAAACAGAACGUUCUUCAAAAGUUUAUGGAACAACAUCCCGAGAUGGACUUUUCCAAGUGUAAAUUCAAUUAA